UCACCAGCAGUAGCUUCCAGGCAGACCAAACCCAUUAAUAAGCGAGCUCACACCCAUGCACACAACACCUAGUUGGCGGAUAUAAAAGAGGACCAUGUCAGUCUCCUGACAGCAGAAUCGAGUCUCCAGCCUUAACGCUUCUCAGGAAACUUCACUUUUCCUCUCUGGGCAAAGGCAUCAUGAGUUGUCAGAUCUCGUGCAAAUCUCGAGGAAUAGGAGGAGGAGGUGGAGGAGGAUUCCGGGGCUUCAGCAGUGGUUCAGCUGUGGUCUCCGGUGGGAGCCGGCGAUCAGCCACCAGCUUCUCCUGCUUGAGCCGGCACGGUGGUGGCGGCUUUGGCAGUCAGAGCCUUGCUGGUCUUGGAGGGACCAAGUACAUCUCCGCUAGUGUGGCUGGAGGAGGUAGAAGCUUUAGCUCCAUUGGAGGAUUUGGUGGCAGAAGAGGUGGCUUUGGAGGUGGCAUCGGCUUUGGAAGUGGCAUCGGCUUUGGAGGGGGAGGCAGUGGCUUUGGAGGAGGCAGCGGCUUUGGAGGCAGCCGUUUUGGUGGAGGUGGUAGAGGCCGGUUUGGAGGUGGUGGUGGCUUUGGAGGUUUUGGAGGUCCUGGUGGCUUUGGGCCUGGAGGAUUCCCUGGUGGAGGCAUCCAUGAAGUGUCUAUCAACCAGAGCCUCCUGCAGCCUCUCAACGUGAAAGUUGACCCAGAAAUACAUAAUGUGAAGUCCCAGGAGCGGGAGCAGAUCAAAACUCUCAACAACAAAUUUGCUUCCUUCAUCGACAAGGUGAGGUUCCUGGAGCAGCAGAACCAGGUGCUGCAGACCAAAUGGGAGCUGCUGCAACAAAUUGACGUCAGCACCCGUACCACCCGCCUGGACCCCCUCUUUCAGGAGUACAUUGGCAAACUGCAGACUUACGUGAACACGCUUUCUGCAGAAAGAACAUCACAAGAUUCAGAGCUGAACAACAUGCAGGAUCUUGUCGAGGAUUUUAAGAAGAAGUAUGAGGAUGAAAUCAACAAGCGCACAGAUGCUGAGAAUGAUUUUGUGAAACUUAAAAAGGACGUGGACAAUGCCUACAAGAACAAGGUGGACCUGCAGGUCAAGGUGGACAUGAUAAACCAGGAGAUUGACUUCUUGAAAAUCCUCUUUGAUGCGGAGCUGUCUCAGCUGCAACAGAAUGUCACGGACACCAAUGUCAUCCUGUCCAUGGACAACAACCGCAGCCUGAACCUGGACAGCAUCAUCUCCGAGGUCAAGAGCCAGUAUGAAGAGAUCGCCCAGAAGAGUAAGGCUGAGGCUGAGGCGCUGUACCACAGCAAGUACGAGGAGCUGCAGAUCACUGCUGGGAAGCACGGAGACAGCCUGAAGGAGGUCAAGAUGGAGAUCAGCGAGCUGAACCGUGUGAUCCAGAGGCUGCAAGGGGAGAUCUCCCAAGUGAAGAAGCAGUGUAAGAAUGUGCAAGACUCCAUAGCAGAUGCUGAGCAGAGGGGAGAGGAUGCCCUCAAAGAUGCCCAGAACAAGCUGUCUGAGCUGGAGGACACCCUGCAGAAGAACAAGGAGGACCUGGCCCGCCUGCUGCGUGACUACCAGGAGCUGCUGAGCACCAAGCUGGCCCUGGACGUGGAGAUCGCCACCUACCGCAAGCUGCUGGAGGGCGAGGAGUGCCGGAUGUCUGGAGACCUCAGCAGCAGUGUGACUGUGUCUGUCACGAGCAGCACCGUCUCUUCGAACGUGGGGUCCAGGGCUGGUUUUGGAGGCCAUGGUGCUGGAGGUAGAGGGUCCGGUUCUGGAGGAGGAGGAUACAGCUCUGGAAGCAGCAGUUAUGGCUCCGGAGGCCGAAGGUCCAGCUCCAGAGGCAGUGGUGGAGGAGGCUCUGGCUCUGGUGGCGGGUAUGGCUCUGGAGGAGGAUAUGGUUCUGGAGGAAAACACAGCUCUGGAGGCGGCUCCAGAGGAGUCUCUGGCUCUGGGGGAGGGUCUGGUUCUGGAGGAGGAUACAGUUCUGGAGGUGGCUCCAUAGGGGGCUCUGGCUCUGGGGGAGGGUACGGCUCUGGGGGCGGCUCCAAAGCGGACUUUAGCUCCGGAAGGGGAGGUUCUAGCUCAGUAAAGGGUGGUUCUGGCUCAGGUGAAGGUCACGGUUCCAGCGUGACCUUCUCUUUUAGAUAAAGAUGGAGUCCUGCCCUUGACUCUCCCACUCCAGAAUGUAGAUUACUGUCUCUGUCCAUCUGAUUGACAGGAAGUCAAAUCUGGUCAUUCACCUCUGAUGGUAUCUUUUGGGGGAGAGGGAUGCCCACAUACAGUUUCUGAAAUAUUUUCUCUCCAAACCAGUUAGCUGGAGCCAGUGACACCCUCAGUCCCCGAGGGAAGAGUCACACAUUGUUAGGUGUGUGCUUCCAGCUGUGCUCCCAUUCCUGGCCCCUUCUUGCAUUGCCCAUUGGGCGGUCCUUUUUCCAACCAAUAUUCCGUUGAGGACCCCAUCUCGAAGCCUGCACCUUUCCCCUGGCAGUGCCCCCAGGGAAAUGUGUUUCUGUGUACAUAGCCCUCUUGUUGGCUCAGUGUCUAAAGUGCUGUGGUCUUGGUGUCUGUGCAAUAAACUUCAUUUGCAAUUCACAGCAUGUG